CCAUACCUAGAUUAUUUGAUGGCUUUUCCCACCACAAGUGCCCAGCAAGCAGAGACGAACCGCAAGAUACUCGAGGAGAUCCAGACGAAGAAGCAGCUUCUCGCGGGAGGGAUCAUAAACCUGGGUCUGAGCCCGGCGAAUCAGAUGCCCGCUCCCCAGUUGCUGGGACAGCCGACAACAGUAAAUCCCGACUUCCAGGCGGGCGUGGGCAUUGCCACCAAUGCCACAUCCACCGCCCGCUCUGCAUUUAAUCCAACGAGCUCUACGACUCUGGGCUUCUUUAUACCUCAGGAUUCGUAUUUUGGAAACAGCUUUAUACCCGUGCUGCCUCGUUUGGAGCCGCUGCCGUCGCCCGCGACCACGCCCACCACUCCGAACGCCCCGCCCAGCCACAAUAUCAGUAAAUAGCCGGAUCCGCAAU